AGAUUCAUUCCACUGCACACCGCGGCGGCUGAAGGGCGUCCAGGUGAGGGUCAGAGGUCCACCUGGAGGAGAGAUCCAGAACCACCAUCACCGUUCUUCUCCCCACUGUCCACGUUCUGUGAACUGUCAAUAAAGUUGGCGGAAGUGACUCCGUCAGUUUGGAGCUGUAUUUCCGGUGAAUGAACAGGUAAAAUGAACGCGCCUCCCGCCUUCGAGUCGUUCCUGCUGUUUGAAGGCGAGAAGAAGAUCAGCAUCAGCAAGGACACCAAAGUCCCGAACGCCUGCCUGUUUACCCUGAACAAGGAGGACCACACGCUGGGCAACAUCAUCCGAGCUCAGCUGCUGAAGGAUCCCCAGGUUCUGUUUGCUGGUUAUAAAGUUCCUCAUCCUCUGGAGCACAAGAUUGUCAUCAGAGUGCAGACCACACCUGACUACAGCCCACAGGAAGCGUUCACCAACGCCAUCACUGACCUGAUCAGCGAGCUGUCUCUACUGGAGGAACGCUUCAGAGUCGCCAUCAAAGACAAACAGGAAGGCAUUGAGUGACCCCCAUUCCUCAUGAUGUCACUUCCUUUUACCUGUCCUGUGCUUCUUUUUUUCUAAAUAAAGCCUGUGAUGUCAUAU